GGUGGACCUGGGCAAGGGGGUUCUCUGCUGAGAGACGAGUUGUCCUGAGGGGGUGACGGAUGCCUUGGGUCCAGAGCUCCGGACCCCCAGGAAAACGCAGGUCGCGGGGAUCAGCAGAGAAGGGGGUGGGAGAAGGUAUAAAAAAAAAAAAGGCAAGGGAAAAAAAAAAAGCCCCUGCGCAUUGAUCCGCGCCGUAUUUUUGGGUAAAUACGAUCACGUGGGGGCCGGGGAGCCAAUGAGCUGCGGGGAAAAGGCUGGAAAAAUAAUUACCUGCCUUGAUUGUUCUGUGAGCAGAUAAAAAGUACAUAUACAGUUCAUACAAUAAUCUUAUGUAUGUAAAACCCCGUUACGAUGUCGGCGACGGGGCCCAUCAGUAACUAUUACGUGGACUCGCUCAUCUCCCACGACAAUGAAGACCUCCUAGCGUCCAGGUUUCCGGCCACCGGGGCUCACCCCGCCGCCGCCAGACCCAGCGGCUUGGUGCCGGACUGUAGCGAUUUUCCGUCCUGUAGCUUCGCGCCCAAGCCGGCCGUGUUCAGCACGUCGUGGGCGCCCGUGCCCUCGCAGUCGUCCGUGGUCCCGCAGACCCUGCCCUCGCCCGAGGCGGACGCGCUCGCCGGCAGCAAGCACAAAGAGGAGAAGGCCGACCUGGACCCCAGCAACCCCGUGGCCAACUGGAUCCACGCCCGCUCCACGAGGAAGAAGCGCUGCCCCUACACCAAGUACCAGACGCUGGAACUGGAGAAGGAGUUUCUCUUCAAUAUGUAUUUAACCAGGGACCGUCGGUACGAGGUGGCCCGGGUUCUCAACCUCACCGAGCGGCAGGUCAAAAUCUGGUUUCAAAACCGGAGGAUGAAGAUGAAAAAGAUGAAUAAAGAGAAAACCGACAAGGAGCAAUCCUAAACCCUGCCCCAGCCUGCUGCCUCGGCACAGCCAAGGGAAAAACAAAAAACCCCACAAAAAACCCAGCCCAGGCGGGAGAGAGCACGAAAAAGGAAAGGAAAGAGCAAGCUAGAGAAAAGCCAAUCAGCUUAAAAAGAAAAAAAAAAGGAAAGGGAAAAGGAAAACUCUUGCGAUUUGGGAGGGUUCAGUGUUGAGAAAUUGGUGUUUUAGAGUUAGUUCUACCCAGCGAGGAUCAGGAGGCGGGGAGAGAAGCCGCAUUCUCUUCUCCUGCGCAACUGAAAUAAAUGACACACACAAUGUGAUUUUUUUCCUCCUUUCUUCAGAGAAGCCAGUACUUGAAUCGCUAUAUUUCUAUUUUUUUUCCUGUAUCAUAUUUGGUCCGGGCCAUCUCUCCCCAGGCCUGGGGUGCUCUGCGUGCAGAUUUUGUACAAAAAAAAAGAUACACAUACACACACAAUAAUGAUUCCCAGCCCAGGAGCUGAGGGGCGAGGGCCGGGGAUGGUGCCGCAGGCUGGGUCCAGCGCGCAGGCCGGUGCCUCGGGCGUGUACAUAGCAGUGUUUCCUAUCAUCCCCCCGCGUCCGUCCUGUAACGUGCUUCUGUUUGUUAUGGUAGAACAGCUCUGUGUUAAUAUAUGGAAGUCACUUAAAAAACCA